UGUUGGGCUGUGAAUGAACGGCUGGUUUGGGUGACGGCGUGAGCGCGAGCGAGCGAAGGAGCGCGCUCCACUGAGAGCGAGCGAACGAGCGAGCGAGAGCAGGAGAGGGCGCGAGUGAGCGGGCCAUGGCCGGAGCUCAGUGACUGACUGACUGACAAUAGAAACCAGCGAGAGCUGCAGAAACGCCCGCAGUCCCAGGAACAGAAGCGGAAGGCCGCAGCCGCAAAACAGAACGCCGCCUCUCGUUAGAUUUCGCCGAGCCUCCUUCUUCCUCUCCUCCUCCUCCUCCUCUUCGCACCCCGCAGGCAGCUCGGGCCGUGCUCGCUUGGCGCCCCUCCUUUCCCCAGGCCGACUCGCCGGGAAUGUGAGAGAAGCAGCCGCGGAGAAGGAGGAGGAGGAGGCCUGGCAAGCGGCGGUCGGCUCGUCAGGAGGAGGAGGAGAAAGGCAGGAGAGGCCCCGGCCCGGAGCGUUGCAUGGGACCGAGUGGAAGCUGCUGCUGUUGCUGCUGCUGCCGCCGCCGCCGCCUCCGAUCCUGACUCCGCCGCUAACGUCGUUUUGCGCUGGGGAGGCCGACGAGGCCUACCAGGCUGCGGCUGCUGCUUCUGCGGCAGGGAGCGCACCGCAGAAAGAGAGAGGGAGGGAGAGACACGCGCCGACGAGGCUUGCCGCCUUCGCUUCAACCAGGGAUCGACUUCAUCCUUUUCUCUCCUUUUCUUGUCUCCGGAUUCUCUACCAGGAGGGAUCAAGUAGGGAUAUGUCCUCAGCACCAACCACUCCUCCAUCAGUGGAUAAAGUAGACGGAUUUUCUCGGAAGUCCGUCAGAAAAGCUAGGCAGAAGAGGUCGCAAAGUUCCUCCCAGUUUCGGUCUCAGGGCAAGCCUAUUGAGUUAACUCCACUGCCUCUGCUAAAAGACGUUCCAUCUUCAGAUCAACCUGAAUUGUUUCUAAAGAAACUUCAGCAGUGCUGUGUAAUUUUUGACUUCAUGGACACACUAUCAGAUCUUAAAAUGAAAGAAUACAAACGUUCAACUCUUAAUGAACUUGUGGAUUACAUUACAAUAAGCAGAGGGUGUUUGACUGAGCAGACUUACCCUGAAGUAGUUAGAAUGGUUUCUUGCAAUAUAUUCCGAACACUUCCUCCAAGUGAUAGCAAUGAGUUUGAUCCAGAAGAAGAUGAACCCACUCUUGAAGCAUCAUGGCCACAUUUACAGCUUGUAUAUGAAUUUUUCAUACGAUUUUUGGAAAGCCAAGAAUUUCAGCCCAGCAUUGCCAAAAAGUAUAUAGAUCAAAAAUUUGUAUUACAGCUUUUGGAGCUAUUUGACAGUGAAGAUCCUCGGGAACGGGACUAUUUAAAAACAGUCUUACACAGAAUUUAUGGCAAGUUCCUUGGUCUUAGAGCAUUUAUCAGAAAACAGAUUAAUAAUAUUUUUUUACGGUUUGUUUAUGAAACUGAACACUUCAAUGGUGUGGCUGAACUGCUGGAAAUAUUAGGAAGUAUUAUCAAUGGCUUUGCUUUACCUCUUAAAGCAGAGCAUAAACAGUUUUUGGUGAAAGUAUUGAUCCCUCUACAUACUGUUAGAAGUCUAUCGCUGUUCCAUGCACAGCUGGCGUAUUGCAUUGUGCAGUUUCUAGAGAAAGACCCUUCACUCACAGAACCUGUCAUUAGAGGUUUAAUGAAAUUCUGGCCGAAAACUUGCAGUCAAAAAGAGGUCAUGUUCCUUGGAGAGCUGGAAGAAAUAUUGGAUGUGAUUGAACCUUCACAGUUUGUCAAAAUUCAGGAACCCUUAUUUAAACAAUUAGCUAAAUGUGUCUCUAGCCCUCAUUUUCAGGUGGCUGAAAGAGCACUUUACUAUUGGAAUAAUGAAUACAUAAUGAGUUUGAUAGAGGAGAAUUCCAAUGUAAUACUUCCUAUCAUGUUUUCCAGUCUAUACAGGAUUUCUAAAGAACACUGGAAUCCGGCUAUUGUGGCAUUAGUAUACAAUGUGCUGAAGGCAUUUAUGGAAAUGAAUAGUGCCAUGUUUGAUGAGCUCACAGCAACUUACAAGUCAGAUCGCCAGCGCUUAUCCAAAGCAGCAGGUGAAACUAAUGAGGAAACUUCGGGAACUCUGGGCAGUUUGCGACUUGGUGAAAGUCGUUUCUUUUGUGAGACUUGGGGUUCCCACAAGCAAAGCGAAGGGUACUGUAUGUCAUCAAGCCUUGUUAGUGAGAAGAAAAAAGAGAAAGAACGUGAAGAACUAUGGAAGAAACUGGAAGAUUUAGAACUGAAAAGAGGUCUUAGACGUGAUGGAAUAAUUCCAACUUAACAAAAAGAAACAAAGCAGCAUUAAUUAACCUGUGGAGUCACACAUGUAUGUAGUAGAAGAUGGAGCAACAGUUUCUGUAUUGUGCAACUUUACAGUAGAUUUCACAUUUGUUUCAUUAUUACAACAGCACUGUAUAUAUCUGUCUCUAAGUAAAAAAAAAUAAGGACUUCAAUCCAAAGUUUGGACAACAGAUGGACUUUUCAGAACUUUAAAAAAAAUCAUUGUUUUAACCCUUUAAACCAGUCUUCAAAAGAUCUGUUGAUGAAAAUUGCUAUGUCCAAAUUCCAUUGUCAGGACCUGUUCCUUAUUUAUCAUUAGCAGAGAGUGAUACAACUUCAAAUGUGAACAAUCUUAAAUUUAGCUUGUGUUUCUGCUAAACUGUUAAAUGUAUUUAUAGUAAAAGAGAAAAAAGAUUGUCAUUUUCUUAUGAGUUUGUGUAACAUCUU